AUGUCUUCUCAGACGGCAAGCGAGGGGCUCCCCCUCGCGGCCAACAUUUUCGGAUUCGGUGUGGCGGCCUUGGUGGGAGGGAGGGCCUUUAUCGCCAUCGUGAAUCGAUUGCGACAUCGACAAUUAACCCUCGACACAAUGAUUCAAAUGGAUGGGUAUGAAGACUGCGAUGGAAUUGCAACACCACAAUCAAUUAAGGAAUUUUUCGACAAACCCCCACGCGUCGCACUUGCAAUUGGUACCGGCAUUGGUGUAUGGCUAUCGCUAUCGGAAGUUGUCGUGUUUAGCGUUGUGUCUGCUUCCACCGGUGAUUUUACACGAUGGAUGCGACUAGGGGCCUGGGGAACUCUGGCCCUCAGUACAGUUGCAGUUUGGAUGGAAGACGAAUGCACGCUUCGGUUCAGACACGGUCUUCAAACAAGCAUCGGCUGCGUCGCCAUGAUGUGUUGCGCCGCUUUGGGUGCCUGCAUGGCCGGAGCGUCGUUGCCUCGUCGACCGGACGUUUUUCAAAACGGAACAGUGGUGGAUCGCAAAGGAUCGACAACCUUCUUGGACCAAUUGUUCUUUGGAUGGGUAGGCCAGCUGCUUUCUGCGGGUCAGAAAGAUGAGCUGGAGAUCAGCCACCUGCCUGAGCUCGAGUACAAUAGUCGUUCACCUCAGCUAUUUCAAGCUUUCAGCCAACAAUGUACGGCUUCCAGCAAAAGCCUUUGGAAGGUCCUCUUUUUCAGUCAUCGGAAAGCGCUAUUCAUUCAACUUGUUUUGACCUUCCUGAAUGGGACAAUGGCAUUUGUGCCCCAGUUUUUUAUCUUGGGAAUCUUGCAGCGUCUGGAAACCGACCCUGAUGAUCCUUGGCUAUGGCUAUUUGUUCUCGGGCUCGGCGCAUCGACUAUCGUAUCUGCUCUUAUCGAAAAUUGGAACCUCUAUAUAUCGUCAAAUCUGAUUGCAGUGAGGCUGCAGGAACAACUAUCAACAGUGAUAUAUGACAAAGCGUUACGUUGUCGUGCAGUGAACAAUGUCGGAAUGGAUUCGCAGAGUGCCAGUACCACCAGCCCAUCCCGUCAGGGUACCAUGAACCUAGUGGCAGUGGAUGCAAAGAAAGUGGCUGACUUUUCAGCUGUCGGCUUUCAUCUUUACGAGGCGCCGUUGAAGCUCAUUAUUGCUGCUCUCUCUAUCGGCCGGUUGCUUGGACCGCAGUGCCUACUAGUCGGUGGCCUAGUUCUUCUUCUUGUAUCUGCAGGAAACUUUUAUUCAGUCAGUCAGUUUUCGAAGCAACAAAAAGGUCUUUUGAGGUGUCGCGACAGCAGGAUGGGAGUCAUCAACGAGGUUCUCCAAGGUAUCCGCCAAGUCAAAUUAUCAGCUUUGGAGGAAAAAUGGGAAGACCGCAUCAACGAGUCAAGAGGGAAGGAGCUGCACAGCCAGUGGCAAGUUUUCAAGUGGGAGCUUCUCAUGUUCGUCGCCUAUAAUAUCACGCCCGUUGCUGUUUCCGCGGCUUGCUUAGGCACAUAUGCCCUGUUACAUGACGACAUGCCGGCGUCUCUCGCUUUCACCUCGGUCUCGCUCCUCGGUGCACUUGAAACCCCCCUUGCAGUUCUUCCCCAGAUCCUGUUGAAUGCAACGGGAGCACAGAUCAGUCUGCGACGAAUCGAACGUUUCCUUCGAACUCCAGACAGGGAUGUCGAUAUUGUGCCCGCUGAUGGGGUUGUGCUGGACCAGGCCACGAUUUGCUGGAACGAAAAUCAAUACACUAAAUGCUUUUCUCUUAAAGACAUGUCUUUGACAUUCCCAUACGGCGCUUUGAGUAUCAUUACGGGGCCGUCUGGCUCUGGCAAAAGUCUCGUUCUUGCAGCAAUACUUGGUGAAUGCGAGUUCCUGCAUGGCAGUGUACGACGGUCCCCAAGCCUGGCGAUUGCCUACGUUGCUCAGGAACCGUGUUUGAAAGAUGGGACAAUCAGGGACAACAUCCUUUAUGGCCUGCCGUUGCAGCAGGAGCGCUACCGGCGUGUUCUUUUCGCCUGCUCCCUUAAUAGCGACAUAGAUCGUCUAGUGCUGAAAGAUGAAUCUCCGAUGGACGACCAAGGGAGCAAUCUCAGUGGUGGCCAGAAAUGGCGUAUCUCCCUUGCGCGCGCACUCUAUUCCGACGCCGAGAUAAUUGUACUGGAUGAUAUUUUCAGCUCCAUUGAUUCUCAUACGGCGCAGCAUCUAUAUCAAUAUGCUCUGACGGGGUGUCUCGCCGAGGGACGCACACGCAUACUGGCAACUUACCACCUAGAACUGUGCUUACCAAGAGCCGAAUACGUGGUUGCUCUUGACACCAACGGACUGCAAUAUGCUGGCCCGAGACAAAACCUUAGGGAUAUGGGGAUAUUCAAGCAUAUGGCCCAGGCUGCAGCAGGAGUGGAGAGGGCUUCUCACAUGAAGAAAGGCUCUCUGGUAUCGAAUGUUCAGUCUUCGGAAAACUGGAUAGGAACGCUAUUACCCAGUGAGCAAGAGCAACUAGAAGACUCCGCAAGGCAAGAUGAUUUGCGUGGCGAGGCCAAUACACGAAACCAAAAAUGGCGAAAUCGUCAACGGAUUUUCCGUUUGACUGACGCCAAGUAUCUUUGCUUGCUUGUCUUGUUCCUGCAUCUGAGCUAUGGUGGACUAGCAGUUGGGCGAGGUCUGUGGAUGAUGAUCUGGAGUAACAACGCGAACAAGAGCAGGAGCACAGAAGACAUGGAUACAAAAGGAGCCCAGUCCACCGGGGUGAAUAUUACGUGGUUCUUAUCUAUCUACCUAUUGUUGUCGAUCUGCUCAUGCAUCGUCGCGAUCAGUCGGAGCUUCUUGGCAGUGCGCAUCACCUUGAAGAUGUCACGAAGACUUUUUGAAAAGUUCCUCUCUUCGGUACUACGCGCCCCCUUGCAGUGGCUCGACCAGAUACCAGCUGGAAACAUUCUGAACAACUUUUCUGCCGACUUUAGCUUGAUCGACUCGCGCCUUCCAUAUGAUCUCAACUACGCACUCGGUGUUGUGUUUGAUCUCUUCUCCAUCGUGUUGGCUGCCUCCCUGGUGAAUGUCUGGCUGAAUCUCCUCUCCGCCUGUUCGCUCUUAUUGGCGUUUUACUACGGACAAUUUUUUAUCAAGAAGAUCCGCGCCAUCAAGGAACUAGAAAGUACCAUGCGAAGCCCAGUACUUCACCAUCUUUGUGCCACCAUGGAUGGAAUAAUGACCGUUCGUGCCUACCGUCAAGAGGAGACCUACCGGGAGGAAAUGUAUGCCAAGAUUGACCGGCAUUGCCGGGCAUCCUGGUGUCUCUGGCUGCUUACACGUUGGAUCGCCGUUCGCGCAAGCACCAUUGGCGCCGCUUUUACCACCGCAGCCUCUAUACUCGUGCUCUCUUCCAACGGCAUUACCGCUUCAACUGCUGGAUUUGCCAUCACAUUCAUCAUGCGGUAUAGUGGCGUUAUGUCUCAAGUGAUCAGGCAAUACGCAAACCUCGAGAUAUCUCUGAACAGCGUCGAACGUGUCUCGUGGUCUCUCGACAUCCCUGCAGAGAAAUACAACUCAACCGACGAGAUGCCUGAGUCCUGGCCCACGGAUGGCCAAGUGGAUGUAUCAGACUUGACCGUCUGUUAUUCGCCUGAUUUGCCACCCGUUCUGUCUGAUCUAUCCUUUUCCAUCCCGCCAAAUACCAGAGUCGGAGUGGUCGGUCGUACCGGUGCAGGCAAGUCCUCGCUGGCGAUGGCCCUAUUUCGCUUCCUGGAAGCCCAGCAAGGAAGUAUUCAUGUGGCGGGGUUGGACAUUUCGACCAUUCCGCUUCGCCAGCUACGGACGCGCUUGGCAAUCGUACCACAAGACCCGAUCCUAUUCUCUGGCACGAUUCGCUCCAACCUCGAUCCCUUUGAUGAGCACUCAGACCAAGAGCUCUUGUCUGCAUUGCGACGCGUGCACUGGACUAUUCCUGAUGCUGACCAUGACGAGAAUCGUCCUGGAUCGCCGUUGAUAAAACUCGAUGAGGAUGACAAUUCCAGAGAAGAUCACAUUGACUCUCUGGAACUGCAAUACCAGCACCCACCAAGUAUUCUAAACACCGCAGUCACCGAAAGAGGCGCGAACUUUUCCCAGGGCCAAAGACAGUGUCUCUGCCUCGCGCGGGCCAUCCUCCGCCGGCCCAAAGUCCUAGUUCUAGACGAGGCCACCUCAGCUAUUGACAAGGUCACAGACGCAGUGAUUCAGAGAUCCAUCCGGACUGAGUUUGGGCACAACGACUCAUCGUUACUGGUCAUCGCGCAUCGCAUCAGCACCAUCGUCGACUUUGAUCGCGUGCUUGUACUGGACGCCGGCCGAGUCAUUGAGUAUGGGACACCUCGGGAAUUGGUAUCGAAUCAGAAUGGGGUCUUUCGCAGUCUAGUUGAGAGUAGUGUUGAGAGAGACGAGUUGUUAGAGACUAUGCAUGCUGCCGGUCCGUGCACCUGACACUGUCAUACGCCCGAGUCACUACAUCGAUAAGGAGGGAUACAACGGACGCCGAUCUUCAGGGGCUAAUGCAAGCCGUUAGCGCGCAUGCGCUUUAUCGGAGGUAUCUACGCAGCUGAGACCUACCUUGCGAAAAGAUAACCCAAAUGCCUGCUUAGAGUCCGCUGGGCGAACGUGACAAAUAUCCCUCAACAUCAAUCAGACAAGCCACGGUAUGUCGCUCGGUGUUUAAUAAAAUCUUUCUUACAAAUCCGGUGAUUCCGGAUGCUUCUCUCGCCUUCAAGUCCUGGGGAUGAUCCCAGGGUUGUCGCGAAAAAGAAGCGAAAAUCCAGAUGGAUUUCCUAAUGCGGCCUAGUCUCCGCGAGGGUGUCUCGCCAAGAGUGGGAUCGUAUCGGGCUUAGUCUCCGCGGGUGGGACGUCAUUCAGCUUCAUGCAUACAAGAUAAAUAGCUGCCAGUCUGCCUCUUUUUCAUGCUCAAU